AUGGAGACUCUAGACCCCCGCCCACUUGUCGUGUUGAAGAAGACAGCCUCAUCGACCAGUCUCGCAUCCAAAGAAGACACAACUGACUCAGCACGUUUUACCAGGAAGUUUGGCAAGCACAUUCAGAAACGGCAAUUGGAAAUUCCAGAAUAUGCCGCCAGUUUUGUGGACUACAAGGCGCUCAAAAAGCUCAUCAAGAAGCUGAGCGCUACGCCCGUAAUACCUCCGCUUGGAGACAGCAGCCAUGGCAGCGACAGUUUGGAUCCGCAGACUUCACUGCAGGCGAACAAGGCCACAUUCUUCUUCCGAGUGGAACGUGAACUUGAGAAAGUCAAUAAAUUCUACCUGCAAAAGGAGGCUGAGCCAGGGAUCGCCAAAGCUAACCUGACUCAGCAAUUUGUCGAAGUGAACGAAACAGCCUUUUCCAAGAUCUUGAAGAAGUCAAGGGAAAAGCAGCUCUACCUCGCAAGGGCUGUCGAAGUCCAACCAUGCUUCAAUCGAGAAGUCAUCAGCGUCUUGUCCGAUCAAGCAACCCAAGCUAUCCUUGACUUCUCAGGAUGGGCAGAAGGCGAGGGGAUGCAAGCACCCCUCGCAGCAGCAGAGCCCCGAGUGUCCGAACCUGCGUUUGAAGCACGAAUCGAGCUCGACAACCAGUUCAUCCAAGCCAUCAACACCGCAAACUCCGUCAAGAUCCAAGAAUGUCUUGCGCGCCUAUCAACUCUGCCCGAUGCACGCGAACAGGUCUCCCGAGCGUUCCUCGGUACAGUCUAUGACGCGCCUGAAGCUGCGCUGAAGAUGCUCCUCGACUCAAAUCUGGUCAACUUGAACCAAGAAGACGAGAUUAACGAGCGGAAUUGCCUACACAAAGCCGCGAUCAAAGGCCGCCUGGAAGUUCUGAGGCUCGGACUCGCGAACGACGUCGAUGUGCAUAUGACUGAUGUGUAUGGUCGAUUGCCAUUGCACUAUGCGUGUAUGCAUGGAUACGUUGAAUUGGUUCAAGAGUUGAUCAACGCAGCUCCAGAGACUGUAAACUUCCGAGACCAGGACAGCUUCACACCCCUCAUACACGCGAUCGUUCACUCAAAGCUCGAAUGCGUACAGCUGCUUUUGGAAAGCGGUGCCGACAUAACGCGACUCGGUCCAGGAGAGCAUGUGCCGUUGAACCUUGCAUGCCAAUACGCUUCUCUUGAGGUGCUUGAGCUGCUUCUGAAGCGAUCUGCUGAGAUGCUUCCAGACGCAGAAGGACUUUAUCCGCAACAUCUCGUCGCGCGAUCUGGAAAAACACCGGAGAUGCUCCUCAUGCUACAGAAGUAUGGAGCUAACCUCGACCAACCAGACAAGCUGUACCAGUGGACGCCGUUGUUUCACUCGGCAAGCGAGGGGCAUGUUGAAUGUCUCCAGACCCUGCUGCAGUGCGGCGUCGACGUGGACAUUGUGGAUGAGAAAAGGUUAUCCGCUAUGUAUUAUGCGACAUGGGAAGGCCACCUUGAGUGCAUGCGACUUCUAGCCUCCAGAGGACGUGGAGUCGGGCUGAUGACACAGAAGCAGACAUCGCCGCAAAUAACGUCCCAGAGCAUGUCGAGCUCCAUGCCUGCCCCCAUGGACCUCGAAGGCGACAUCGAAGGCAUUCCCGAGUUUAUCCUGCCACCACCGAUUAUACCGUUCCGAAGAUAUGGUCAUAAUUUCCUAGACACGAAAACGUUCGUCGUGAUCAACUUCGAGAAAGUCGGAAAAGACGCUAUCCGGUUCUACGAUGAGCAAAAGUACCCGGCGGCAAGGCUCACCAUAUCCUCCAAGAGUUCGGAUCUUAUACCCAGGAAUAUACUCCUGCCCAUACAAGACGAGUUCAAGGUCAUCUCUUUCCAGAUUGAGAAUAUUGACAAUUUCUCGAUUGACUUCGAUGUAUACCCAACCAUCGGAUCGAAAGUUAUUGCGCGCAGCGUAGCUUCCUCGAAGGUCUUCACGGAUCGUUCAAAGAGUACGGGUAGAUGGCAUCUAGAGCUCUUCGACCCCAGGCUUCGCUCGAUCGGUCGCGCAACGUUCGACUUCCAGGUUGUCAAGCCUUUCCACGGUAUUCCGUUGGAAAUUACGCACUUCGCUACGUACUGGAAAGCAACUAGCCAACUCGACUCACAACCUCACACUCUCAUCACGGGCUCGAGCCUGUCUGGAGACUACGUACGCCUCUUUGUGCAGUUGACAGCCGAUGGUAUUCCUGUGCUAUACCCGCGCUGGAAGAUCAACUACCAAGGAUUAGAGGUGCCUGUCAACAUCCUCACGUACGAACAGUUUGCUGCGAUCGGCGCCCAUCAGAACGCUGUGACUGCGGCACAAUUGGCUUCUACAUUGAGCAACGCCACUUCAAACGACAUUCCCAUGAUCUACCAGGCUUUGGCUUCCUCCUUCAUUACCCUCAAGGAAGCUUUGCACCUACUGCCAGCGCACAUCCAUGUAGAGCUACAUGUGCUGUUCCCGUCGCGGCUAGAGGAGGAGCAACUCAAGCUCGGUCCCACGCACGACAUGAACGAGUUUGCUGACAGGAUACUGACGAUCGUAUUCGAGCAUGCUCGGCUACUUAGGGAGCAAGGUGCUGGUGAGAUUGACGGCACAUUGAGGAGCGUCCUUUUCAGCUCCUUCAACCAAGACAUCUGCACCGUCUUGAACUGGAAACAGCCAAAUUGUAAGCCUACUCUCUUGUGUGAUCUGGCAUAG